AUGCUGGAGACCGGCAGGAAGGUGUUGAAGGAGGGUCUCCUGGAGAAGCGGAGCGACGGGCUGCUGCAGCUCUGGAAGAAGAAGCACUGCGUCCUGACCGAGGACGGCGUGCUGCUGCUGCCGCCCAAGCAGCACGACCCCCCGCAGCACCACCAGCUCCACCACGGCGGCGGGGGGGACCCGGGCAGAGUCAAGGAGCUGCACUUCGCCACCAUGAAGACGGUGGACUGCGUGGAGCGCAAGGGCAAGUACGUCUACUUCACCGUGGUCACGAUGGAGGGCAAGGAGAUCGACUUCAGGUGCCCGCAGGACGAGGGCUGGAACGCGGAGAUCACCCUGCAGAUGGUCCAGUACAAGAACCGCCAGGCCAUCCUGGCCGUCAAGUCCACCCGGCAGAAGCAGCAGCUGCUGGUGGUGCAGAUGCCCGGACAGAAGCCGGUCCGGGGCACGCUGAACGUGGCGUGA